GUGCGAGCGACACACCCCGACUGCUCCAUCGUCCUCUACUUCCAAGAGCAAGAAGCUGAAUGUCUGAAGAUGAUCAGGAGGGAAAGCCAAACGCCAGCCCCCCCCGGAGCCCCCGGGCAGCAGGGCUGCCUGACAGAGUGGGAUGGAGUGAGCUGCUGGUCGGCCGUGCCCGUCGGCCAGUCCCGAGCUGUUGCUUGCCCCAACAUCCUCCACGUCUUCAAGAAGUCUAAAGUGCUGAUCCGGAGGAACUGCACCGAGCUGGGCUGGAGCUUCCCCAGCCCCCCCUACUACAACGCCUGCGAGCUGGAGGACGUUGGCAGCCACAAUGACACCGAGGCCAAGAAAGGCUAUUUUGUCACCAUGAAGGUGCUUUACACCUGCGGCUACUCCACGUCCCUGGUAGCCUUGUUCUUGGCCAUCGGCAUCUUCUCCUGCUUCAGGAAGCUGCAUUGCACCAGGAACUCCAUCCACAUCCACUUCUUCACCUCCUUCAUCCUGCGUGGGGCAGCCGUGUUCAUCAAGGACGCCAUCCUCUUCUCGGACGAGUCCAUCGACCACUGCACCAUGUCCACGGUGAACUGCAAAGCAGCCAUUGCCUUCUUCCAGUACUCGGUGCUGGCCAACUUCUACUGGCUGCUGGUGGAGGGGAUGUACCUGCAGACCCUGCUGCUGCUCACCUUCACCUCCGACAGGAGGUACAUCUGGUGGUACAUCCUCAUCGGCUGGGGUGUCCCCAUGCUCACAGUCUGCACGUGGGUGGUCACCAGGCUGCAGUACGACAACCACGGGUGCUGGGACGACUACACCAGCCUCUACUGGUGGGUGAUCAAGGCUCCCAUCCUCCUGGCCAUAUUUGUGAACUUCCUCAUCUUCCUCAACGUCACCAGGAUGUUGGCGCAGAAGAUCUGGUCCCCAGAGAUCAGCAAAAACUACAAGCAGCAGUACAUGAGGCUGACCAAGUCCACGCUGCUCCUCAUCCCUCUCUUCGGGGUGCACUACGUGGUGUUCGCGCUCUUCCCCGAGCACGUCGGCGUGGACGCCCGCCUCUACUUCGAGCUGGUCCUUGGCUCCUACCAGGGGUUCCUGGUGGCUCUGCUGUACUGCUUCCUGAACGGGGAGGUGCAGGCUGAGAUCAAGAGGAACUGGGGCAAGUGGCAGUCGUCCAUGGAGAGCAACGUCUUCAACCUGGUGACCCAAGACUUCACCGCGUGACGGGGACGGUGCCGGGGGGAAGUGUUUCCCUGAGCA